AAAUUUAAACCUGAUGAGUGUAAAUUUGAAUUAAGUUUGUCUGGAUCGGAUAUUCCUAAAUAUUCUGAACUUAUUGCUUUCUUGGAAUAUCAAUGUAAGGCAUUAGAAAUGUCUAUUGCGUUGAAGGCAACAGCUAGCGGGUCACCUAAACAACCUGUUGUCAAGACACCGCCUCAUCGCAAUACUAAACUGGUGAUGCAUGUCCAAGAGGGCAAUAAGGAAAUAAAUUGUCGAUAUUGUAAUUUGGAUCAUUACAUGUAUAUGUGCAAUAAAUUCAAGGCUUUGAAUAUUGAUCAGCGUAGAGAUUUUCUGAAAUCUAAAAAUUUGUGUUUUAAUUGUUUUGGUACACACAAAUAUCAUGAGUGUAGUUCAUUACAUAAAUGUAAGUUGUGCCGGGCUAAACACCACACUUUGAUCUGUCCGUCUUCGACACAACCUGAUAGCACUCUACCUGUGGUGAAGUCAGCUGUUGUCGUGGCUGAAAUGGUUGAGCCUUCAUAUCCAGAAGGUGAACAAGAACCUAAUAGCAUUACCAGUGUUAAUAAUGCUACAAUGAAGUCUUUCAUGGUAAAGGAUACCAAGCCUAAGUUGCCAAAUGUACUGUUAGCUACGGCCAUGGGCCUUGCUGGGAAUGGCGAUGGACAUUUCCAACCUGUUCGCUUGUUUAUUGAUCCAGGCGCAGAAUGUUCGAUAAUCUCUGAGGAGUGUGUUCAAAGACUCCAACUCAAACAUAACCAUCAACCUGUGUCUAUCUAUGGUGUAGGGCCGAGUGUGCCUCAUCGGUCUCAUGGAAUGACCAAUGUGUUUUUAAAGUCCAUGACUUCUGACAAGCCGUUGCUUACUGUUUCGGCUGUCAUUUUAAAGUAUGCUACUGGCGACUUGCCCAGUGUCUCUCUGUCUGCGGACAUAAAGUCAAAUUAUCAAGGCCUGCAAUUGGCUGAUAAUGAUUUUUUCCUGUCUAGGCCUAUAGACAUUUUAUUAGGCAGUGAUGUCUACAAUGACAUUUUCUGUGGUGAGAAGGUGUGGCCUUCCACUGACUUACCGGCGGCUUACCGAACCAUUUUUGGUUGGGUAAUAAUUGGUAAAUCCUUACCGACUACCAAUUCGGUUCCUCAUCUGUCAUCUCAUCAUGUGGCGUUAGAUGAUUGUCUGACUAGAUUCUGGGAGAUUGAACAAAUUCCCGAAUCUGUACUUCCUGAUCCCGAUGAUCAAAUUAUUGAGGAUCAUUUUUUAAAUAAUGUUUCGCGGGAUAAUGAAAAUCGUUUUAUUGUCCGUUUACCCUUCAAGGGAAAUCAAAGUGAGUUGGGUGAUAGUCGUGAAUUGGCCGCUCGGAGACUUUUAAGUCUUGAGAGGAGAUUUAAAAGAGAUCCUAAACUCAAGGCAGACUAUAGUGAGGUGUUUCAAGAAUAUCUGGACGAGAAUCAUAUGGAGCCUGUCUUUGACCCUCCGGGUAGUGGUAAAUAUUACCUUAGCCAUCAUGCUGUGAUAAAAGAGUCUUCAUCAACUACAAAAUGUAGGCCAGUCUUUGAUGCGUCUAUGCCCUCUUCUACGGGCGUGUCUUUGAACAACGUUCUGCAUGUUGGUCCCAAACUUCAGCGUAACAUAGUAGACGUACUUACACGUUUUCGUCUUCAGCCUGUCGCAUUCACUUGUGACAUCAAGGGUAUGUACAGACAAGUACUUGUGCACCCGGACGAUCGUGACUAUCAAAGAGUUCUCUGGCGUCAACACCCUGAUGACCCCAUUGAAGAAUUUCGUUUGAGGACGGUCACGUUCGGAGUCUCCUCAAGUCCGUUCCUCGCUAUGAGGUGUAUCUUGAGAUUGGCAGAGGAGGCCAAGACCUCACACCCUGUCGCUAGUCAAAUUUUGUCUGAUCAAAUUUUUGUUGAUGACAUAGUGACAGGAGCUCCUGAUCCUGACACAGCUCGAAAGGUUCGAGCUGAAUUGAUCGACCUCCUAAGUCAAGAGUGUUUCGAAUUGCGAAAGUGGUCGAGCAAUAGUGAUGAAUUUCUAUCUGAUUUGCCUGACGACGUCCGUGAAGGACCAUUGUCAUUUGAUCCUCAAAAUGAAGGGUCUGUUAAGGUACUCGGUGUAAAGUGGAACCCUACAUCUGAUGUGUUCAUGUAUCAUAGUAGAAUUUCUAACACAGGAAUGACUAAACGUGCCGUGCUUGCUAACAUAGCUUGCAUAUAUGACCCUUGUGGCUGGUUGAUACCAAUUGUAUUCAUGGCCAAGGCUUUCAUGCAACGGUUGUGGCUUUUAGGGAUUGGCUGGGAUGACCCCUUACCUGAUGAUGAACAGGCUCAGUGGCUUUCGUUUAUAGGGGAGUUCCCUAGCUUAUCAAACAUUAAAUUAAGCAGAUUUGUCUUGCCUACUGAUGGCAAUAAAUUUUCUCUUCACGCAUUUUCAGAUGCGUCCCUUAAAGGUUACGCUGCAGUGGUCUACCUUCGUGUCGAGAGGAUCAACGGUGAAGUGGAGGUCCACCUGCUCUUAUCGAAGAGUAAAGUUUCGCCGUUACAGACAAAAAUGACAAUUCCGAGGCUGGAGCUGUGUGGAGCCCUGCUAGCGUCUAAACUUACCAAACAUUCUUCAGAACUGAUUAAUGUUGCCCACGACAUUGUAAUCUGGUGUGACUCGAGCAUUACAUUGUCAUGGAUUCGCACACCCGUUUAUCAGCUCAAAAUGUUUGAGGGAAACCGAGUUUCUCAAAUAUUAGCGAACUCGUCUCCUUCUCUCUGGAGACAUGUACCAUCUUCAAUGAAUCCUGCAGAUGCUGCCUCCCGAGGUUUGAUGCCCUCGGAGCUUGGCUCACAUCCUCUUUGGUGGGGUCCACCUUGGCUCAAGCAAGCGCCAGAUACCUGGCCAUCCGAAGACACCGUUGCGCGAAAAACGGUUUCUCCGGAUCCUGAGGAGGAGGUAGUAUCUACUGCCCACGUGAGCAAGGUCUCUUGUGAGGACGAGAUGGCAUAG